CUGCACCUGGUCACUUGAUUCACACUCAAACACCUUUAAAGUAAAGGACCAGCACGUAGGGCUCAUCACGGUGAUGUUUGCUGCCAUCCGGGUUUAAACUUUUUUUUUUGGAAAGAGUGGCGCGUUCAGGGAUCAGCUGCGUCUUUCUCCUCAUUUUUAACGCUUCGUGGAAGAAAUGCGGUCGUUUAGCAGCGACUGAUCAGGCGGCUUUUUUUUUUUCUUUCUUUCUUUCCCUCCUCCUCCAGGGGAAUUUGCAAACCUAUCGGAUUGUUUUAUUCCUGCGCAGCGCCGCUGAGGGAGAUUUUCCAAUCCCGGCUCCGAGGCACCGAACGCGGGGAAUGCAGCGGUAACAUCCCGCAAGUUUGGGAAUCUCAGAGGCGAAGCGGGCAUCGAGAAAGUCAGGAUUCAAAGAUUUAGAUCUCUGUGGGCUACCUGCAUGGCUGUUACCAUGACAGCAUCUGGAGCCCAGCUCCUCCUGUUGGCCUUAUGUGUUUACAGAGGAUCGGGCUUGCAGCAGUCUGCUCCGCGGGUUCGCCUCUCCUUUAAAGAGCUGAUGGACACGAGGGCAGCGAGGCCCUUCAGUUUCUCCUUCAACACCAGCGACUACCGCAUCCUCCUGAUGGAUCAGGAUCAGGGCCGUCUGUACCUGGGCAGCCGGGAGUACCUGGUGGCUCUGGACAUGCACAAUGUCAACAAGGAGCCCCUCAUAAUCCACUGGCCAGCGUCCGCUAAGAGAAAGGGAGAAUGUCAGAUGACGGGAAAGGGAAGACAGGGUGAAUGCGCCAACUUCGUGCGGUUGAUAGAGCCGUGGAACCGCACCCACCUCUACACCUGUGGAACAGGGGCGUACCAGCCCAUCUGCACAUUCAUCAACAGAGGCUGGAGGGCAGAGGACUACCUGUUUCGGCUGGUCCCUGGGUAUGUGGAUUCAGGGAAGGGAAAAUGUUCCUAUGAUCCCAAACAGGAGAACAUUGCGGUUCUGAUCAAUGGUAACCUAUAUGCAGGGGUCCAUAUCGACUUCAUGAGUACAGAUGCUGCUCUGUUUAGGACCAUGGGAGGGAGAACUGCAAUCAGAACAGAGCAAUAUGACUCCAGGUGGCUCAACGAGCCGGUGUUUGUUCAGAUCCAGCAGAUCCCUGACAGCGCAGAAAGGAACGACGACAAACUUUACUUCUUCUUCCGCGAGAAGAGUCUAGACUCGAGCGGCGGGGCGAGCCCCAGCGUUUUAGCCCGGGUGGGAAGAGUGUGUCUGAAUGAUGAAGGAGGGCAGAAGUCCCUGGUGAACCGCUGGACGACGUUCCUGAAGGCUCGCCUUAUCUGCUCGGUGAUAGGAGAAGAUGGAGUGGAGACGCGGUUUGAUGAACUACGGGAUGUGUUUAUUCAGCCCACGCAGGAUGAACGAAACCCUAUGGUGUACGCUCUCUUCACCACAGCAGGCUCUGUGUUCAAAGGCUCAGCAGUCUGCGUGUACUCAAUGGCUGAUAUUCGCAAUGUCUUCAAUGGACCAUUUGCACACAAACAUGGACAUAAUUACCAAUGGACAGAGUACACUGGCAAGAUUCCCUACCCACGGCCUGGAACAUGUCCAGGAGGAACCUUCACUCCUGGCAUCCGCUCCUCCAAGAACUUUUCAGACGAGGCUGUGAAUUUCAUCAGAUCCCAUCCCUUAAUGUUCCACCCAGUUUAUCCCAUCCACCGCCGCCCCCUGGUGGUGAGAACUGGCGUGGACUACCGCUUCACAGCCUUGGUGGUAGAUCAGGUGGAUGCUGUGGACGGACGCUAUGAGGUGCUCUUCCUGGGGACAGAUCGAGGUACUGUACAAAAAGUUAUAGUUUUGCCAAAGGACCCAACGAGCAUGGAGGAACUGACACUAGAGGAAGUGGAGGUUUUCCGGACCAGAGCUCCAGUCAAAACAAUGAAGAUAUCCUCGAAAAGACAACAGCUGUACGUGUCUUCAGACGCGGGGCUGACCCAGGUGUCGCUGCACCGCUGUGGUGUGUACGGCAGGGCCUGCUCUGACUGCUGCCUGGCUCGAGACCCCUACUGCGCCUGGGAUGGAGAGAGCUGCUCUGCCUUCACCCCGUCCACCAAGAGGAGGAGCAGACGGCAGGAUGUUAAACACGGUGACCCACUGAGGCAGUGCAGAGGCUUCAAUGCCAAAGUGGAGAAACGUCUGAGGGAAACUGUGCAGUUCGGGGUGGAGGGCAGCAGUACCUUCUUGGAGUGUCAGCCUCGCUCUCCCCAGGCCACCGUCAAGUGGCUGUUCCAGAGGGAAGGAAAGAGGAAACUGCUCAACCGUGUGGGAGGCAUUCUGAAGACCAACCAUGGUAUCCUCCUGAAGUCCCUCAACCAAUCAGACGCGGGGCUCUACCAUUGCCUCGCCACUGAGAACAACUUUAAACACACGGUGGCACGCGUGGCCCUGCGCAUCCUGGAUCGAGACAUCGUUUUAGCUCUCACUGCUCAGGAUGAGGACGAAGAGCCAAAAACUCGCCAAGCGGGAUCUUACGCGCAGCCGUCACUUGUCUCCACGCCCUUCCCGCCCGAGAUAAGACUGAUUAACCAGUACUGCCAGUCCUACUGGGAGCAGCUCAGCCCCAAACAGCAGCAGCAGCGCAAACGCACCAGCCGCAGGCACACAGAGAGCCAGGACCAAGGCCUCGGCUAGAGGACGGGACCCACGCUGUCCAACACUGGCCUGUCUGGACUUUAUGGUGGACUUUAAUGUUUGACAAGCGUGUUUGUGUGUCACCGCCAUUCAUGGGGCAGGUGAUGCCGUCAUGCUGUUGUUAAAGUACCAUACUGGUGGUUUUGCAAGCAUUAGCCUAGAAAAUGCAAAUGGUGGAUAUUUUACAUGACCUGUGACCACUUCCCAAAACAAACCGUACAUUUUUAGAAUGAUUUCCUCUCUACAUCACAUGUUAGUUUGACGUUUAAGUCAACUUGCAGACUUGAUGGUUGCUCAAGAUUGAUCAACUAUGUAAGGGACUGUUUUUUAAAACUUCUUUGUGUUGGUAGGUUCAGGUGCUUGUGGGAAUCCGCACCAUCUGGGACUUGAGAAUCAAGUUAAGAUCAGUGUUUUUAGUGCAAGAAACUACAAAAGACACAAAAAAGUAUUUUCCUCUAUGCCCGUGCUUACUUUUAAUGUGUCUGCUAGCUUUGAUUUUCAAAAAAAACAUGGCUUAUAGCACAGGUUUUCUUAAAUGUCAGUUUUUCUUGGUCAUUGAACGCACCAGCGAAGAAGAGUUUCAAACAGACCUGGAGACCAGUCAUUGUGAUGGGUCACAUAUUUCAAAUUAGCUGCCGUUUUGGAAAAUGGUAGACUGUGAUGUAAAGUAUGCAGCACGUAGUUAAUAGGCAAAACCACAGAUAUGGUAUUUUUAAGUAUCUUGAAACAGAAAUGUAAUAUAUUGAUUGUGAAUAUAAUAUAUAUGGUUAUGAUAUGGUCAUUGGAUUACUCUUGUAUGAAGAUAAUAUGAUGAAUGCAUAUGUUGCAUGCAUAUCUGUUGCUGUUUGUUGCAAGUUGUACAUUUUACUGUCGUUCUGUUUUCAGCCUCGGUGUGUAACGUUGUUCGUGUAAGGUGUAAUGUGUUGUGCUAAGCUAAUUCCAUUGGAUGAUGUCAUAUAAUGGCUCAAUUACUGUCCUGUGCUCUAGUGACCUACAGUAUGUGAGUGUUGAAGAUACGUAUAGCGUACAGUGUUCUUCCAGUUAUGCACUUUGUCGGUGGUGGUAUUCGAGGGAAUUGGGGAUCUUUGCACAGAUGUAUGAGAAAAUGAUACAGGAACAUAAUGUUUUUUUUUUUUAUGUACAGUAUGUUAUAAAAAUGGGAAUGAAACUGGCUCAGAUUUAGUAUUGAUUGUCGGUGUUCUGUCUUAUGCUGUAUUUGCAGAUUUUUAAAAUGGCUCUUUUUAAUGGAAGCGCAAAGGAACAAGAUAUUUCCCAGCCAGAGCCACCGUUCACCGUCGUUGUGAGUAACACAGUGCUACGUGCUGUCAUGCUGAUGAAUCCUACACUGGAAAUGUUCAAACAAAUAUAUAAACAUUGCAGAAUUCU